GCGGCCGCCAGGCCGGUGACCCAGCUACUCCCGGCGCAGCGCUAUGGCCUUGAGAUCCCUCGUGCCCGCGCUACUGCGUGCGACCGCCCCUCGGCGCGGCCCGGCCCCGUUCUCCUCGGUGGCGGCCGCGGCACCCCGCGAGCGGCCCCCCGAGCCUCCUACGGGCCCCGACCCCCAGCCCGGAUCCGGGCCGCCCCGGCCCGCACCCUCACCCUCACCCGCGCCCCCAGUGGAUUUCAGCAACACAGCGACGGCGUACCAGAGCCGCACCAGCUGGGAGCUGCUCCGCAACUUGCUGGUGCUCCGCGUGUGCGCCUUGGAGCCGCUGCUGCAGAGACACCAACAGCUGCUCCAAGUGUCCCAGAAGCUGCUGGGCCGGCACCUGUUUGACCGACUGAUGAAGAUGACUUUCUAUGGGCAGUUUGUGGCCGGCGAGGACCAGGAGGCCAUCAAGCCUCUGAUCCAUCACAACAAGGCCUUUGGGGUCGGCUCUAUCCUGGAUUAUAGUGUGGAGGAGGAUAUCAGCCACGAGGAGGCCGAGGAGAAGGAGAUGGACUCCUGCACGGCAGAUGCAGAGAGAGACGGCAGUGGAGCUGGUAAGAGAGAGAAGCAGUUCCAGGUCCAUCGGGCCUUUGGGGACCGGAGGGACGGCGUCACCGGUGCCCGCACCUACUUCUAUGCCAACGAGGCCAAGUGCGACCAUCACAUGGAGAACUUCCUGCGCUGCAUCGAUGCUUCUGGCAGCGCCAGCGACGACAGCUUCUGCGCCAUCAAGCUCACCGCGCUGGGUCGGCCACAGUUCUUGCUGCAGUUUUCCGAGGUGCUGACCAAGUGGAGGCGGUUCUUCCACCAGAUCGCCAUCCAGCAGGGCCAGGCCGGGCUUCCAGCCAUGGAGACCAAGCUGCAGGUGUCAGAGCUGCAGAAGAGCCUGGAGAGCAUGGGCAUCACCGCCAAGUGCGAGAUCCAGAGCUGGUUCACAGGGGAGCUGCUGGGGGUGUCCGGCACCGUGGACUUGCUGGACUGGAACAGCCUCAUCGACAACAGGACCCAGCUGUCCAGACUCCUCCUCGUGCCCAAUGUACAGACUGGCCAGCUGGAACCCCUCCUGUCUCACUUCACAGAGGACGAAGACCUUCAGAUGAAGAGGAUGCUGCAGAGGAUAGAUGUCUUAGCCAAGAGGGCCUUGGAGGUCGGGGUGUGCCUGAUGGUGGACGCAGAGCAGACAUACUUCCAGCCAGCCAUCAGCCGCCUCACCCUGGAGAUGCAGCGCAAAUUUAACACUCAGAAGCCGGUGAUCUUCAACACGUACCAGUGCUACUUGAAGGACGCUUAUGACAGCGUGUCGCUAGACGUCGAAUUGGCCCGUCGGGAAGGCUGGUGUUUCGGUGCCAAGCUGGUGAGGGGGGCCUACAUGACACAGGAGCGUGAACGGGCAGCAGAAGUGGGCUAUGAGGACCCCAUCAACCCAACCUACAUGGCCACCAAUGAGAUGUACCACAGGUGCCUCAACCACAUCUUGGAAGAGAUCAGGCACAGCAGCUGGGCCAGCGUGAUGGUGGCCUCUCACAAUGAGGACACGGUCAGGUUCACCCUUCAGAGGAUGGAAGAGCUGGGCCUGCAUCCCACAGAGAGGAAGGUGUACUUUGGACAGCUCCUGGGCAUGUGUGAUCAGAUCUCCUUCCCCCUGGGUCAAGCUGGCUUUCCGGUCUACAAAUACGUCCCAUAUGGCCCCGUGAAGGACGUGUUGCCGUACCUGUCCCGCCGAGCCCUGGAGAACCGCGGGAUAAUGAAGGGGGCACAGCGCGAGCGGCAGCUGCUGAUGAAGGAGCUCAAGCGGAGGGUGCUCAGCGGCAGCUUCUUCUACCGCCCUGUGGCCUGAAGCUAGUGGCCCUCCCUCUUUCCCCCUUCCCCACCUCCCCCCCCACCAUCAGGCAGUCAGUCAACAAGCAUUAGUUAAGCUGUACUGUGUGCCAGCCCUCUGUGGGCUCCCAAUCUAAUGAGGAAGACAACAUGAAAGUAACUGGGUGCAAACAAGAGGUCAUCCAAGCAUUUCCUGAGCACCGGGUGGCCAGGCCCUGGGCCCCGGGGUUCCCUGCCCUCCCGGAGCCUACCCUCUAAGGAGGAGGCCUGGAGAUGACUGGGUCUGUUCUGGGCAGAGGAGGGAGCAGCCAGGAGGCAGGGGCAAGGCCAGGAGGCAGGCCUGGGGCAGCCCCCUGGGGUCUGCAUAGCUCACCUUCCAAGACCCAGGUUCCAAUGGGGCAUCGGUGUCCCCCACCACACAAGCCCAAAGCCACGUGUCCUGCCUGAACCCUGGCGCCUCCCCUCCCUUCUCCUUCCUGUGGCUGAGGGUCCCUGAGGACUCUGGAGGCUGAAUAGUUCCCCUCACCCUGCCGGGUGUCAGAGGUAGGAUUCACAGCAUGCUCAGCUCAUUCCAGGAAAGGGAGAGCCAGGGGCAGGGCUGCUCUCUGCUGCAUUGCUCCCGUCUCUGGCUUUCCACUCCACCUCCCAAAGGCUCCCAAGCAUUCCUGGGGUCAUGAGGAAUCUAUUUAAAGAGCCCAGCUGAGCCUGGGGUCAUGGGAAUCCAGUCUGUGCCACUGUGUUUGGGGGUGGGGGUAGCUGCUGAAUGAGGAGGCCCAUCCUUGGAGAGGUGGGCAGACGUCCUUGGAGGCAAAGCUGGUGAAAGAUGGGGAUCACUAAGACCAGAGAACUUGCAGAAGGAACAUCCUGUCAUCUCAAGGGAAGGUGCAAGAUGAAGUCCACUCUGACCACAUGCUUGUCAUUGGCCGAGGGUCUGGAGUGGGAGGCAGCCUGACUCUUGUGGGUCACUCUCGCUUGGCCUGUGGCAGGCUUAGAAGCCCAGCGGUGGCCAUGCCCAGCUCUCCUUAGGAAUAUGGGGAUGGGGAAGGAGGGAGAAGAAUGAGCAAGAGGCCGCAUCCAACCUCCUGACUCCUACUGCCCAGCCUACCCUGUCAAAGCUAAGCUAAAACAGCCCCAUUAAAAGUGUUGUUACAUCUUC